UCCCUAAACCCCCUCACCUUUCAAAAGCUUCACUAAACCCCCUGACCUUUAUGGCGGCGCCAUUCACGGCCCUUCUGAAAAAAAAAACACAAAAUCGCGGCGCCGCCAACGAUUUAAUCGUUUGCAUGCGUUUUCCUCGCCACCUGUCGACCCACGUGACCUGUCCUUUGUCAGUUGCAACAGUCCCUCUCUCUGACAUGCCGGUUGACUUUUCAAAUUUUAAAAUCAAAAAAAAAAAUUAACCGCUCGGUAACUUUUAUCUCUCUUUCAUCUUCUUUCUGACAUACUCUUUCAUCCUUCUCUUCUCUUCCCUUUUUUCUUCUGAAACUCAUUCUCUUUCCUUUUUUCUUCUGAAACUCUCAUUUUCACACCGCCAUUGUCUCGUCGAUUGCCUGUUCAUCUUCCGUGCUUUCUGUGUUUUUGCAUUGUGAAGAAGAAAAAAUAACGAAGGAACAAAACAUAAAUUUAGAGUUUUUAUAGUGAAAGAAUUACAAAAAUGAGAAAGAAAGGAAAAGGAAAAUCAAAGGAAAGAGAACGAACGGGACCACCUGGAACUGCUGGAUGGGGUUUAAUGGAUGAGAGCGAUAGUGACGAAGUGGUGGAAGUGUCACCAGGUUUUGAAUUUUUUCAAAUCAACCUUCACAUUAAUGGGGCAUUGGGGGAAUGGGGUUACCAUGAUGGGGAAGUGUCCACCGGCGUUUAUUCUGUGUCUGGUAUGACUAUGAAGAAAUUAGAUAGAUGGAUGAAAAGAGAAAAAGUUGAGGGCUUAGUUGAUUAUUACUGGAAAGAAAAAGACAAGGAAUUUCAUGAUUGGAUUAGACCGAUAAAUCACGACGAUGAUGCUAUGGAAAUGGCAAGUGCUGGGAAGAGGGACGGAGAAGUGGAUGUCUAUGUUAGGAAACUGACCGUUAAAGACAUUGAGGCUUUAGUCCCUCCGCCCCCCUCGCCCCCACAUGUUGUAAUUGAGGAGAUACCAAAUCCCAAAGAUUUAGCUUAUGUGUAUCCCACUCCCGUGAAAAAAGUAAGGGGUAAACCAUUGGCUACCAAGGCUGGUGGGAGUAAACCACUGGGUACCAAGGCUGUUGGUGAAGGUCCUUCAGAAAGUGGGGGGUCAUGGAUGAGUCCAUAUGUAAGUGAAUAUGUAAGUGAAGGGGCUUCUAUGGUCCAGGGAAAUACGCAGGCUCAGGGGAAUGAAGGGGCAGAUUUUUUGGGACAAACUGACACUGGGAAUGAUGAGGUUGCUGGUGAGCGGGCAAAUGAAGAGGCAAGCGUUCAGAUGGCUGAUGAAGAUUGCCAUGAUAAGGGGGAUGGGGCUGCUGAAGAUUGCCAACUUAAUGGGGCUGAGGCUGGGGCUGUGGAUGGGGCUGAAGCUGAGGCUGGGGCUAUGGAUGGGGCUGAGGCUGAGGCUAUGGAUGGGGCUGAGGCUGAGGCUAUGGAUGUGGCUAUGGAUUUGGCUGAGGCUGAGGCUGGGGCUGCUGAAGAUUGGCAAGUGAAUGGGGUUGAGGCUGGGGCUAGUGAACAGCAUGGGCCACAAGAGGAAGAAGUUCCAAUUCAGGGGCCACAUGAGGAAGCUCAGGAUUUAGGGGCUGACGAUGGGCCGCACAUGGAUGAGGUAGAGGGGCUGCAUGAUAAGGGUCCUACUCAACAAACUCAAGAUGUGGACUUCGACAAUUUCUUCCAGACCCAACAUCAGCCCCCUUUUGAGGGUUUAUUUGAGGACUAGAACAGGGAACUACCGCAAAGGCAAAGUGAAG